GAUGUCCGCCCCACUGGCCGCCCACCUCGCCCCCUUUUCGGAGCCGCCCCUUCCGCCUGUUAGCCCGGCUAACUGUGUAAAUGGCAAAGCGACAGCAGCAUUUGCUAACUUUGCUGCAGCAGCAACAAAGGCCAAAGCACAGCGCCAACAAAAACUACAUAAAUGUAUCUCUAUCUAUAUCUAUAUCUAUCUAAGCGAUGGCCGUGCAUUGUAUUGCAGUUACGUGCUCGAUGGUCCAGUAAAAUGGCGAGGCGAAAAAAAUCUCUGAAACAAAAUCAACAAAGAAGCACCAAGAACA